AUGACAGAAAGGGCCCGUAAAGCUGGAUUUCGCCUUUCGACGGUUGCAGAUGCCUUUGCCUAUCAGCCUUUGUCAAAAUCCAACAGUUCAGAUUCGGAUACACUAAACGUAACAAGCCGAGCGAGACUCUUCUCUCGAUCAUCAUUAUCGGCAUCUAACGAGAAAGCUUUCGCACUCCGCGAUGACAAGCGGGAAUCGGGUCCGGUCACAUCAGAGUUGGUUUCUGCAUCACGAGAUCUUCUUUUUGCCGUAGCAACUGCUCUUAUACUGGCAGACAAGAUUGUUAUGAAACGAAUUCUUCUUGUACAAAAGAAGAAUUGCGUCAAAUCAAAUAGCUCAGUCGUCCUUCACAAUAUUAAUCGGCCUUCGUGCCUCUGA